UUGAACAGGUGACUCGUCUGGUGGAGGAUCGCGUGUCCUUCAUGGUGCCCGUUAUCCACAUCCUUAUGCCGGAGAGGCUCCAUCGCUACGACUUUUCCUUCGUCUACGAGAUCAUGUCGACGGGCUUCAGCAUGGCCAUCCCUGUGCCGCAAGACCGCUGGCAGGCGCUCUACUACCCGCUGUCUGCGCUGGUCUGGCUCGCCACCCUGCUCGCCCUCCUCCUCACCCCUGUUGCCUUAGUAACAGUAAAGUUAUUCUGCCAGUGUGUGACUCAUCAACAUCAUUUGCAUAUGUAAAACAUUGUUUACGGAAGUGAUUUAUGAAGUAGCACUUUAUUUCCGGCUUGAGUUUUUAAAUCACAAACAGUUGCCUCGCUCCCAGAUCAUACGACUGUUUGAGGCUGUAACUGGACGCCGAGCCGGCAAGAUGUGCGUCGGCGAUUUCUUCGAGAGCAUGGCGGGGAUACUACUGGGCCAGAGCCUCCUGCACCGGCUGCCCAGCACCUCCUCCAGCCGGGUGCUGGUGGCCGCCUGGCUGAUGUUCGCCCUCAUCCUCGGGACAGCCUACAGCGGCAACCUCACCGCCUCCCUCACCCUGCCCAAGUACCCGCCCCGCCCCGAGACACUGGCACAACUCGUGAAGGCUGUUGACAGGUGAUGUUACGUCAGGUGACGUUGUAAUGUUUAUAUUGUUUAGUUCCUUAAUGCCAAAUAAGGUUAUAUACUGCCAGGUGUAGUCUCCUUACCAUUACGUUCCUCAAUACUUGAGCGAAGGAAGCUGAAAAAUGUGUCACUCCACACGCAGGAUAACGAUGCAGCCUUACGGCAAGGAGUUCAAGAACUUCUUUGCAAACUCAGACUCGCCGCUGUUCCAAAAGCUGGCCAGCUUGAUUGACUUCGUGCCAUCACUCGUCGAGGGCCAACGGCAGGCUGUUGAGAG